UUUAUUUAUUUGUUAUUAUUAUUAUUUCCUUGAAGAGUACUCCAUCCCAUCUGUUAAAGCAAUUAAACUUUCCGCCAUAACCAGUCAAUCAAUCGCCGUAUUGUUGCAGCAUCUCAGCUAUAUUUGGUCGUCAUCGUCUUUGAAAAUAGGAAGAAAAAUUGAUGGCGCUUUGCAAUCGCGUGGUUCAAUCAGCGGGUAGUUCAGGUAGGCUACUCUGGUUUGACAAGCUUCGAAUCCUUUCGUCUUCGAAUGAUUUCUGCAGGCAGCUUUCUCAGCUCACAAAACCUAAUGGAAAUCAUGCUUUUCUUGUCGAUACCUUAGCCCUGGUGCGAAGUUUGGAAGCGCAAGGUCUGCCAUCCAAACAGGCCGAGGCAAUAACCGGUGCUAUCACGGAGGUUCUGAACGAUAGCUUGCAAAAUGUGGCUACUUCUUUUGUUUCCAAAGCAGAGAUGCAGAAGUCUGAGAUGAUUCAAAAAUCAAAUCUGUCAAACUUCAAAUCCGAAGUAAAAAGUUUACAGGAGCAUAAUUUUUCUAUGUUGCAACGUGAGACAGAGAAGCUUCAUGGUGAUAUUGAGAAGAUGCGCAGUGAAUUGAGGUAUGAGCUUGACAGGGUCACUGCAGGACAACGUUUGGAUUUAAAUCUUGAAAGAGGGCGCAUACGUGAUGAAUUGGCAAAUCAAAAUGCUGAAACGACCAACCUCACAAACAAACUUGAUCGGGAAAUUCAUGCAUUAAGAGCCCAUGUGGAAGCUUCUAAAUAUGAUGUUAUAAAGUACUGCAUAGGUACUCUUGUCUCUAUAUCUGCAGUUGGUCUUGCUGUAAUCCGUAUUUUGUUGUAGUAGCUUGUACUUUGACGAUUUGAGGUGAUUUGAGAUGAGAAGCCUAGACACUUUUUUCAUGGCAAUUUGAUGCCUUAACAAUUGAUAGUCAUUUUUGUCUCAUAGACACACUCUGACUAGUUAGAACAGUUGUCAUCCAGAUGCCUUUGGGGCAAGGACCGUCGGUUGCUGUAAUUUCAUUGAACAAAUUAUAUUCUUUUGCCAUAUUUGAGAGCAAUGCAGAAGAUAUAUGAUA